CGUCCAUUUCACAUUGGUUUUUUAGUGCAAAAAACGUCGUCAAAAUUGUUGCGCCAUAACAAGUCGGCGCGGAACAAAACUCACACACCCGUUCCGCUCGGAGGAGUGUAAGGAAAGAUGAAGUUGGGGAUAUUUCUCGUGAUGGCUGCUGUUCUCAGCUGCACAUUGGCAAAUCUCCGGCCAAAAAGUCCCAAGUGGCAUCAGAAGAAAGCUCUGGUGAACAAGUUUCUGGAGAAGAAGGCGGGAAUCGAACCCCCUGCGGAGAGGCAGACCUUUCCUGUGGACUGGGCUAAACACGUCGAGGAGAAGCUCGCUCAAAACUUGAAGGCCGACGAAGAGAAGACGAAGAAGAAACAACAUAAGAACGAGCAAAGCAACCCGGUCCUGAGCAAACUCCUCCGUCCCAUCUCAAGUGACGUCAUAGCAGUGAAGCCUGCUGACGUGGAGAAGGUGUCGUCACAGCACUUCCGGCAGCCGGAGCAGAAGGUCGAAGGUUACAUCUCAAGGUACGGACGCAAGAGUCAGGUGAGCAGUGUGAUGAAGAUGCAGGAGGUCAUGCGUCACGUGGGCGAGAUCUCGCGAGAAGACGGAAGUGACGCAUCGGAAAUGGUCCCCGAUUUCCUCAGGGGCCACAACGCGGUGCAGUCUGGGAGCCCACAUGAGGCCCAUGAGGGACACGCACCGAUGGUUGAACCAGAGGGGGAAGAAGGACAUAAGCACCCUUCCGCAGGCGUUCUGAGCGGGAAGCACAGCGAGGCUCUCCACAAGGGCCUGAAGCAGAGUCUGCAGCACACGCAGGAGGAGGACCGCAUGGAAGCCGGACAUGGGGUACACAAACAUCAGAAGCACAAGGAGAGCGUGCACGCCCAACCGCGUCCGGUAGGCGGCGCGCUUUAAACUCAUCCUGAUGAGUUCUAUUUAAUCUCCAAGCAGAUGUUAGAGUUGAUGGUUAUUUGGUUCUUUAGAGAUGGUUAGCGGUUUUCUAUGGCUUUGUUGGGGUCUUUUGUUGCUGUUUUCUGACGGCAUUUAAUAUAGAGACAACAGUGCAAAUCAGCUGGAAAAGUUACAGCAAACUACUAGCCAUCAAGGAGGUCUGUAAAGAAGGAUAGUAUCUACUACAUACGUCCCUCUCUACUACUAGUAGUACUAGUGCACAUUUGUUCCCUGUCCCACAUCGCUUCUAGGAAGAGGUGAAAAACUACAAGAUCAAAAUGAACUAGAUAUUGCAAAACACGCAUGAAAUACCGAGACUGAGUCGAAUCCUCACAUCUGCUUGGAGGUUAUUGAGUUGUGACUUAUCUAAUGAAGGAUGAUGCUCCGAUUGUCCAGUAAACUCUGAUGCA